ACGGAGGGACAUCCACGCGCACCUCAGUCAGAGGGAGGCAACCGCUGCGUGGAGUCAGAAGCCGAGACACCCCGCAACAACAGCCAGACCGCCGGGACGCGCAUGAGGCAGAGCGCGAGGGGGAGCACCGGAGGCUGCCGUGCCACGUGAAGCCAGCCGGGGGACGGAGCGGAGCGGAGGAGCGGCGAGGAGGGACGUCCAGCACCGGCGGGAGAAAUCACCGCCGCACGGCCGUUGUGUGUGAACGCCGCCGCGCGGGAUGAAGGGAUUGAUGCGCACACCAAAAUAUGUUUUCCUCUGGGACACGGAACACAUCUCCUUCCUGAACGGCCAAAUGAAGUGGCAGAAGAAGAUAUUUCUGGCCCUCAUUGUCAUCUGUACUGUCAGUCUUCUGCUGCACCAUGGGGGCCACUUCACCUGGAACAUGGAGGCCUUCCGCUUUGGCUGCUCUCACCAGUCCCCAGGAACAAAGCCGAAACACACCAACAUUGUCUUCCUGAAGACCCACAAAACGGCCAGCACCACCAUGCAAAACAUCCUGUUUCGUUUUGCAGAGCGCAACAACCUGAUGGUGGCGUUGCCAGUGCAAGCAUGUGGCCAUCAGUUCUGCUACCCACGCUCCUUCUCCUCUCACUUCGUCCAUCUGCACACGCUGCGACCAAACUUGAUCACCAACCACAUGCGCUUCAAUAAGACGGCGUUGCAGCGCCUGAUGCCAAAUGAUACAAUAUACAUUACAAUCCUGAGAGAACCAGCCUCCAUGUUUGAAUCCUUGUUUACGUACUACAGCCGACACUGUAUGAGUUUCAGGAGGGUCCCGAAUGGCUCUUUGGAAGCGUUCUUGGCAGAGCCCUCACGUUACUACAGGUCACAAGAGGUAGAGUCUAUGUAUGCGCACAACACCUUGACCUUCGACUUGGGUGGAGACAAAGAUCGUCCGUCAAAAGACUUGGCUUAUGCACAUAACUUUGUUGCUGAGGUGGAAAAAGUGUUCUCCCUAGUGAUGAUUUCCGAAUACUUUGAUGAAUCACUUAUUCUUCUUCGCCAUCUUCUCUCUUGGGAUUUGGAGGACAUCCUGUAUGUCAAGCUAAACAUGCGGACGGAAAGUUCCAAGAAGAAAUUGUCUCCAGGUCUCCCUGAAAAGAUCCGUGCCUGGAAUUCCAUAGACGCAUACCUUUAUGAGUACUUUAAUGCUUCAUUCUGGCUCAAACUCUCAGAUUUGGGUCUAGACUGUGUGGCGAAGGAGGUCCAACUUCUACGACAGGCACAAGAAAGGCUAAUGAGAAGUUGCUUCGGUGGGAAAAUGCCACUUCCACGCCCAGCUGCAGAGAUCAAGAACAAGGAUCUCCGUCCAUGGCAGCCAAGCGACAAAGUCGACAUCGUCGGCUAUGACCUCCCGGUAAAUAUAAGCCAUGAGGCACAGGAGCACUGCCUCAAGUACAUCAUGCCAGAGAUCUCGUACACACGCAUCCUUUUACAUUCCCAGUCCUUGCGACAUCGUCGAAGUUAUCAGAAUCGGCCUCCACAAAAGUCGCACACCCUCCAGCACCACAUGCGCACAACCCUGCCUCGGCAUUCUCAGGUCCACCGCAGCCAACCAGCGCCCUCUGUUGUUCAGAGCCCAGACUCAGGAACAGAGUCCAAAUCUACCGUGAAGCAAAGUGAAGGAACUACGAAGCUAGGGCUUUAAUUCUCAAACAAAAUGUGAAAACCUCAUCAGAGCCCAGCAGACUGCACACUUCGACUCAUCCUGAUCCAAAAAAGACUAUGAUGCUCAAUUAAUGAAAUCCUUUGGGAGUCAAAUUUGUAUUUAGGAAAUCAAAGUAAAUUGGGAAUUUUUUUCUCUCUGAAAACCCUUUUUAUUACAACUGAGGAAAGACAAAGGGUUAAUCAUGUCUGGACUUCAACCACAUUCUCCUCCUUUGAUGUAAAAGUGAUGGAAAACCAAAUAGCAAGGACUAAACUGGAGCUAGACUCUAUGGUGACAGCAACUGAUUGCAGCUGGUUUCAGGUGAAAGUGGUUGUUUAAAUUAAACCAGUUGAAGUAAGUCCUGGAACCAAUGACAAGGUACUUAUAAUCUGCUCCAUUGUAAGGCACAGAGUGUACUUUGUGUGUGCCAGACUAGUUCAGUAUCCGAUUACUUUUCUUUAUUUUCCCUUUCUUCAGCUCUGGUUUCCUUGCCUUCUAAUUAGCAUAUAUGUUGCUUAAAGUCCUUUGGACACACAAUGACUCUUGUGGAUCAACUGUCAGGCUUUCGAAGACCCACACUGAGUUCACCUUCUUAACCUUUCUGCUUUAUAAAGUCCAGAACCUAAAGCAGCAAAGAGAGAGAGAGAGAGAGCAGAGAAAUGGCAGAAUCACUCAGACAUUACAUAGAUGUCUGGAUGCUGAGUUUUGGCCACCCAUUAUUGUUAUGACUCACACAGAGACAGAGCCCAGAUACAGCGUAAAAUAUGUGCCUCCUUAACCUUUGACCUCUCUUGCUUCCCCCUGGAAUACUUUUCUCCAUUUCUCAGCCAGGCGCCCUGGCUGUUGUACCCUACAUCUGCACGAAAGCACCAACGUCUCGGUUCAGUGCCGUCCAGAUCUGCUUUUGCCCCAAAAUGGCACUGGCCGUCUCGUCUUUCGAACACGCCCUGUGGAAGCGAAGGCUUCAGCAUUGGAGACCCGACGCGGGAACAUGGCUGCUAUUGCAAUAAGAUUCAUAAUCUUUUGAUAUUACAGGCACGGAUUCUUGGAUCAAGCCAGAACAACUUCACCCCAACUGAAGCCUACAUACAAACAACGUAGGGCGAAGACGUGAAGACACAGCCUACGGCAGCAAAGCUCGAAGGUUGCACACUUGUACAUUUUCAUUGGGGACAUGCUCGAAUAAUGAAAAGCGGCUCGUUUUGAACUGAAUCUGAAAUAUAGGAGAGGAAAUCAAGAGAGAAGGUCGACUUAAAGCCCAGUAAGACAGAUUGAUCGGUGAACCUGUUGGGGUCUUGAACUGUCAAACCUUAUCCACUUGAACUGUUGUCUGCUCAUAUGUAAGCUGUAAUUUAAUUUACAUCAUGGCAAGAGGAGCCGUUAAUGUAUCUUGAAUGCUAAGUUAUAAGGAGCUUGUUUUAGAGAUUACAUAGGAGGUGCACAUGUGAGUCUGGAAAUGACUCUGCCUCAUGUUGAAAGAGCAGCAACAUGGCUGGUACUUUGAGUUUGUGUGUGUGUGUGGGUGUGUGUGUGUGUGGGUGUGUGUGUGUGUGUGUAUGUGUGUGCGUGUGUGUGUGAGUUUGUGCCACUAUGGCAAAGAUGAUUGUAAGGAAUAUUGGAUUAAUGUGUAUUACCACGAAACCAGCUUUGAGCCAUUUGGGUUUGUGUCUGUGGAUGUUUAUUUUUAAACACUGUAAGCUAUGAGGACACAGUGAGAACAACAAUGAAGCCCAAAACGAUUCAUUCCCACAGCAGGCAGUUUGUUUCUGAUGAAAAAAAUGAAAGAUUGACGGUAACAAUUAGGUGUUGACCUUGAGAAAAUAAUAAUACAUUAAUUACACAAUGACAAGUUAUCAAACAAUAUAGACGCUGUUUUUUGUUUGUUUUUUUUUACAAGGCGGUUAGUAAACCCUUCCUAAAGUUGUUGAUCAGCCGCUGGUAUGUUGGCCGUUUCCUUUCAGAGAUGAUCUUCAAGUCUUGCAGGCAGAAAGUCCUCCUUUCCAUCACCCAAAUUUUUAGCUUCCUCCAAUGUUUCUCCGUCAGAUUGAAGUUGGGACUCUGGCUGGCUUGCUCCGAAGUUUCAAAAGAAACUUGCUGGUAGGCAUGUUUUUAGGCUUCUCUGUAAAUGAAGGAGCGGACAGGCAUUUUAACACUGCAUUUAACGCAAUGCGGCUGCAGAACAAAGUAAUCGCUCAAAAGGUGUUUGGGCAAAUUACCACACUGGUUUUAAACCUAAGUAAACAGGGCAAAAAACAUAUUUUGUGUGAGUUCAUUAAAUCUACACUAUCUCUUAUUUAUUAUCGGGGAUCUAGUAUUCCCAGUGCUGUGUUGUAUUUUCGCCUUUUGUUUGUAAUGAGGAAAGGUUGCAUUUCCAUCACAUUAUCAUUGUGUCUACUGCAGACCUCUAAAGGCAGCGCAGCCGGAAUAAGACAAAGGGCAGCAAUAUGAAAUAUUCAUUCUGCACUGAUCACUUCUGAAGCUCCAACGAGCCCAAUCACCCGAUAUUUCAUUUUUGUUUUACUCUAUUCCAUGGCGUAUAACAAAAAAAGCACACAAGCAGUUACACAAAAAUAAAUGAAGGAUUAUAAUUUAUGAUUUCAGAAGGGUAUGAAUAUUGAAGUCAUAUAAAAGACCUUGAAUAUACCAGAUGACCUCAUUUUUAAAGCUUUGCAAUGCAUAUUGUUUUGUUUGUUUGUUUAUUUGAAGUAAUUUUACAUUUGUACAGACAUGUAUUUCUUGAAGGUGCAUAACACUGUUAUAGCCGAGUGACGAUGGAUCUGUUUCAUUUUGCAAACCCCACCAAAGAUGCGUGAAAGGAUAAUCUCAUCUCUGCAUAUGUUUUCAAAUAUUUGUGGGAAAUGCAUACAAGGACUCACCUUUUAAAACAGCUGACCGCUAACCGUGACUUUCUGCUGCAUUUGAAUCAUUUUAUGUUAAAUCAUUUUA